AUGGCUGACUCAGAACCCGAGAGUCCAAGGACCUCCUUCGAUGAGGACGACGAGAGUCCAAGGACCUCCUUCGAUGAGGACGACAAGCGUCCAUACGUGACAGCUUAUGGAUACGUGACAGCUUAUGUUGAAGUAAAUUCAAAUUUCGCAUUCUGGAAACGACUGUACUAA